UUGUCUCCACUCUUUAGAUCCAGAAUCAUACUUUUUACAAGUGUUGUCAAUGCCUUCGCCAGCCCUAUCCUACCACGUCGCCAGCGACGCCGAGCGCAAGGCAGCAGUGCAGGUGCGGAUCCGUGUAUUCGUCGAAAUCCAGGGAUUCCCGCUGGAGGAAGAAGUGGAUGAAUACGACAAGACCGCUCUGCACAUCGUAUGCACCGACGACGGUGCCGUGGUUGGCACCCUGCGGGUGCUGCGCUCGCCUGGCGUGGCCAAGAUCGGGCGCGUAGUCAUAGUGCCCGAGUACCAGGGAAAGGGGAUCGGCAAGCAGAUGAUGCGGUUCGCCGAGUCGUACGUGGCCGAAAACUACGAGGACUGCAUGCUCACAAAAUUGGGGAGCCAGCUCGACAAGCGCGGAUUCUAUGAGAGCUGCGGGUAUGUGGCCGAAGGCGAUGUUUACGACGACUUGGGGUGUCCGCACAUCUGGAUGUACAAGCCUGUUGUUCGCACAUAAUCGAAAACAAAACAGCACAUGCCAUAUUUAGUAGAAGCCUUGGUCAGCUUGCGGUGUACGACGGUGCUAUCUGUGGUACACGUGCGUGGUAAUGCGGGUGCCAUCCCAGAGAUCGCCGAGAUGUAUGGAUAUGCGGGUGUUGUUAUCGCAGCGAGCCGAUUUGCAUUGGAGUGGAUUACGUCUUUGCCCCACGUUUUCGGGCCUCUGCCAACGUGGGGCAAAUACCCAGAUCUCUUUAGUUGAUGUGGUAUGGUUGAGCGGGGGAGUGUGCCCUGCAAAGCUGCUAUUUUUGGGAGAGGAACAUGAAGUAGAAUGCAAAAG